ACGUGAUGACGACGCAGGUUUAGAGCUGCAGGCAUGAGACGUCUUUUGAGCUUCUGCGCGUCUAGGAACAUCAGCAACAUUGUAAAGCUUAUUGAACCCACUGUUACCUUGGCAGUCCGCCAUCCUCCGUUAUUUACCUCGUUUUUCUGCAGGGAAUUUACGGACAGCGGCACCAACAUGGAUCUGAGUAACAUGAGAAAGAGCUAUAAGAGCGAUCAGGAGUGUUUUGAGGAGGAUCAGCUUGCUUCUUUAAAUCCAAUCAAGCAAUUCGGCAGCUGGUUUGAUCAAGCCACUAAAUGCCCUGAGGUGGGGGAAGCCAAUGCAAUGUGUCUUGCAACAGCCACCAAGGAUGGUCGGCCCUCUGCACGCAUGGUCCUUCUGAAAGGCUACAGCGAGGAGGGAUUUCGCUUCUUUACCAACUAUGAGAGUCGGAAAGGUUCAGAGCUGGACAGCAAUCCUCAUGCCUGUCUUGUCUUUUACUGGGAACCAUUAAACAGGCAGAUCCGCAUUGAAGGCGCCGUAGAGAGAAUCCCGUACGAGAGUUCACAUGAAUACUUUCACUCAAGACCCAAGAGCAGUCAGAUCGGUGCUGUUGUUAGCAGGCAGAGCACCGUAAUACCAAGCCGACAAUACCUGAGAGAAAAGAAUGCAGAGCUUGAAGAAAAGUAUAAGGACACGGAUGUACCGAUGCCAGAUUACUGGGGUGGAUACAUUGUGAAACCCUCUCUGAUUGAGUUCUGGCAGGGUCAGACUAAUAGAUUACAUGACCGAAUAGUAUUUGUGCGGCCAAAAGAGGGAGAGACUGAGCUGGGAGAUAUGCAGCAUCAAGCAGAGGGGGGCUGGAUAUACCAACGCUUGUCCCCUUGAUACUGCACAUGCUGUGAAAUUAACAUCAGUGUCUGUGACAUCAAUACAUCAUCAUUACUGAUCAUUACUAAUGCCGCCAGGGCAUUAACUGACUUGUAAAGACUUACUACUCCAUAUUUGCCUACGUUCGUAUUGUCUUAACCAAAACCAGAAAGGAUGUGAUUUUGUGAAUAUAAAUCAUGUUUUGCAUUAUAAAUGGUGCUUUGUAGCAGCGUUUGUCUUUAAGCCUUCAAAACUGACGGUCCCACUUAAUAAGUGUCUUUACUAUGUAAAUUGAAUAAUACUAUUUAAAUUGAAUUGCACUUAAAGGGACAAUGUGUACUUUUUAAUGUAUUUUAUUAUUUAAAAUCAAUAUUUUUAUUCAUGUCCUCAAUAGUGUACAAAUAACUCUGCCAUUUAUCUGACUUAUCCUUGUAAACAAAGAAUUUAUUAUUUUUAAAUACAUGGGACCACGAAGGCUUUUUCUAAAAAAAAAAAUAUAAUGAAGAAAGGCAGCAUAACUACUUAUUACAUUAGUUCAUGUUUUUCACAAUCAGUAAUUCCUAUUGUAACAUUUGUUUGUUCGUUGUGUCAAGUUGCUGUUUGUUUGAAAUAACAAACCUGUUCACCCGAAGGAACACUCGACGAAGUGCUAUCAGAAGACAUCCUGUCAUGGCUUUUUGGUACAUAAUGGCUACCGUAGAUGCAAUUGAAAAAGCAAGGCGCUGGAGAGCACAAUUCGUUUGAAUGCCAAACACAUUUUCACCACUAGAUGAGAGAAAUUCCUACACAUUGUCCCUUUAAUGUGCCCAUAUUUGUUUUUACAUUGUACUUGUAUUUAAAAUACCUUCAUGUAACUACAGAUGUAGUUAAUUUCUGCGAUUACGUGUAUUAUUACACUGUUGACCUUCCCUUAUCGCCAUACCAUGAAACCUGUCCCUAAAUCCCUAAACCCGUAUGCUACCUCUAUAGCAGAGUAGUACAUGCAAUAAACACACAUUGUACCUAACAAAUGUGUGAGAAAGCACAUUGUAUUUGAAGACACCUAAUGUAAAGUGUGAUCAAACUGACCUUAACAUAUUCUUAAUCUAAUACUUGCAAGUGCAAAGUCUGAUCUAAUGUUUAUUAAUAAUUGAAAGGCACAGCUGUACUUGUAGUUUUAGAGAACACAAACUUUGGACUUCUUUCACAACAACAAAAACAUCUCAACAUGUUCCUCUGUUUGUGCAACAUUCAUGAUAUACAACAAAUAUUCUGCUAGACAUAUGUGCCAAACUUAAUUUUACCCUAAAAUAAUUGUCCAUUUGGAUGUAAUUCUGUAAUGAAUUGUGACUUUUUCCUGUAAAUUAACACAAAAUAAUAAAAUAGUAAGCCUGUUUAAUUUUUGCAGUAAUGUUCAUUGACCUUUUUUGCCAGAAGAUGGCAGUGGAAUCAAAUCAGCUUUUUUUCCCGUUUUUUGUUUUUUGAACACAUCUCAGCAAUGUCAAUAAAAAUCUUUAUUUAGCAUAUUUUACCAAUAACCUUUCACAGAUCACAGUAAACAAUAGACAAGUACAGAUUAAUUAAAGCUGUAGUGGUAGAUGGAGAACUUAUCUUUCACCUGCUGAGACUUUGGCUUUUUAUGGUAAACUAAAUAAAAUCGGAGAUAAAGUCCAAUGCAUGACUGAUGUUCAACCUCAAAAAAUAUCAUAAAAACAUGUCAUCAAGUGCUAAUCAAAGGGCACGGCAGUCCAUUAAAAUGCAAGCUAAACAACAGCCUGUUUCCCACGUUUGUUGCUAAUUUUACAUAAUAAUGUACACUUGUAUGACCAAUUUAGAAAUGAAAGGAUUGUAUGACUAUGAGUUGUGAUUUCUGUGCCUUGUAAGGUAUUUUAAUUGUCCCACAGUGAAAAUAUCGUAUUUUAUGAGCAUUGAAAUAGGCAACUAUUUAAUAUUCAUCUCCAGAGCUGCUUUAAAUUAAAGCACUGGCUGUGAAAAAUAAUCAUCAUCUUCACUGCGUCAGUUACUCGGAUCAUGUCGAAUGUGAA